AUGAAUGGAACAGCCAUCGCUACUUCUGACAGCCAACAAAUUCAAAGACAAUCAUCGCAAAAUGACACUAGUUCUGAACAUCCACGAAGUCCUACAAGCCCGCUGAGUAUUCGUCACGAUUCUGGAGAGUCUAGUAUAAUUUCACCAGGGCUGCCAGAACGAUACAGCCCACUGGGAGCGACAGAAUCAACGUCAAGUCACGAUCCUUAUGCUUCACGUUCGGUACAAGACUGUCCUGUACCUCUGUGUCGUCCGGUACCGUCGGAAUUCCCACUGGCUCGGUCUCCUUACAUGUCUGCGCUGUCAAAUGGGCACCCGCACUUGCUACAAGUUCAGCAUCAGCACCAGCAUUCGCAGCACCAGUCCCAGCAACUGCAGCAGUCCCCGCAUCAAAUGCAACAGCAGUCCCAGCACAACAACAAGCCGUCGCGUAGUCUGGGGCUUAUCUGCGUCGUCUGCGGUGAUACUAGUUCUGGAAAACAUUAUGGGAUUCUUGCUUGCAAUGGCUGCAGUGGAUUCUUCAAGAGGAGUGUCCGAAGAAAAUUAAUUUAUCGGUGUCAAGCAGGAACUGGCAGAUGUAUCGUCGACAAAGCUCAUCGCAAUCAAUGCCAAGCGUGUCGUCUAAAAAAAUGUAUGGCGAUGGGAAUGAACAAAGACGCCGUGCAAAAUGAAAGGCAGCCAAGGAACACGGCAACCAUAAGACCGGAAGCUCUUGUCGAGAUGGACCAAGAACGAGCGCUGAGGGAGGCUGCCGUUGCUGUUGGAGUUUUUGGGCCACCAGUAUCAUUAGCAAUGGCACGAUACGGAGCACCGAUGCCACUAUCAGCAAUAGCGCCAACAUCAACAGCAAAUCCACCAGCAGCUCCAACCCCUCUACUCCAACGCGAAGAUCCCGACGGAAACGCAUCCGAAGACAGUAUAGACGUCACAAACGAAGAACCAUUGACAGCCCAGAGAAAUCUUUGCUCGCAAUUGCCCCCGGUGAUGACAUCCCUGUACUCUCCAGCCAGCGCCGAAACAGUUUACGAAACGAGUGCAAGGCUGCUCUUCAUGGCCGUCAAGUGGGCGAAAAAUUUGCCUUCAUUUGCCAGCUUGCCGUUUCGCGACCAGGUGAUACUCCUAGAAGAAGCAUGGUCUGAAUUAUUUCUUCUGAAUGCCGUUCAAUGGUGUCUGCCUCUCGAAUCAUCAUCGCUCUUCAACGCCGCGGAACUGACCGCGCUAACUCUCUCUCCACACUCUCAUCCACACUCAGGAAUGCACGUCGGUGAAGACAAACCGAGCCAAGUUGCUGCGGAUAUUCGACAUCUUCACGACACUCUUCAGCGAUACAAAAAUAUGAUGGUCGAUCCUGCAGAGUUCGCUUGUAUGAAAGCUAUCGUUCUUUUCAGACCAGAGACUCGUGGACUUAAAGAUUCAAGUCAAAUUGAAAAUCUUCAAGAUCAAGCACAAGUUAUGCUAGGACAGCACGCACGCGCUCAGCAACCCGGUAGACCAGAGAGAUUCGGAAGACUUUUGCUAAUGCUAUCACUGUUAAGAAACAUACCGGCAUCACGAGUCGAACUAAUUUAUUUUCAUCGAACAAUCGGUAACACUCGAAUGGAAAAAGUUUUAUGCGACAUGUAUAAAAAUUAAUAAUCAAUAGAUUAUUAGAUUAUCACUCUCUCGUAAAUUUAAACAUGUUUUUACAUUGAAUGUUGCAUUUAAUCAGUUAUCCAAUAGCCUAAUUCAUUUUAAUCAAUG